CGCUGAGUGCUGGAUGUUGAGAGAACAGCACAUGCUGCAUGGGAUGAACUUGGAUAGAAACAUUUCUCCAAACUGAAGGAGAAGGGAAUGGAUCCAGAGUCCUCCGCCCCUCAACACUGAAGACAUAAAAGAACAAGGAAGUCAGCAGAGCAGAUAUACAGAGGAAAAAAAUAGAGAGAUUUAUUCGUCGUCUGAUAUAUGGAGCUUUAACAUGGGAUGAGCUCCUGAAAUCUGCAACUUAAGUACCUCCCUAAAGGAACUUCCUGUUUAUGGCCAGCUGUGCCCCAGUGUAUCCUGACUGAGUGCCUGACCAGAUCCUGGCCUCUGAGCUCUGACCCCCUAACCCUGCAGGGGAAGGGGGGGUGGACUGGGAGAAAAUGCGGUAUACCACCCUCUUGGCCCUGCUGGCAGGGGUCGUGCUGUACCUGGUGAUGGGAGCGCUUGUUUUCGGCACCCUGGAGAUUCCCAAGGAGCGUUUGGCCUACCAUAAGCUGCUCGAUACCAAGUACGCGUUCCUGGAGAAUAAGUCCUGUGUCAACGAGCAGGACUUCCACAAGCUUGUGAAGGGAGUGGUGUCUGCGGUGGAGGCAGGCCUGGAUGUGUACAACCUUCAUAAAAACUUCACCAGCCGCUGGGACCCAGCCUCCGCCUUCUUCUUCUGUGGUACCAUCAUUACCACCAUAGGUUUUGGGAAUCUGUCUCCUCGGACAUGGUACGGCCAGUUGUUCUGUGUGUGCUACGCCCUGGUCGGCAUCCCCAUGUUUGGCAUACUGCUCGCUGGAGUUGGCGACCACAUGGGCACGGUGCUGCGGAGAACUGUGGCAAAAAUUGAGACCCUCUUUCUGAAGCGUAAAGUCAGGCCGACCACUGUGCGCGUCAUCUCAGCCGUGCUCUCCAUCCUCAUUGGGUGUCUGAUCUUCCUUGCCGUGCCAACAGUCGUGUUUCAGAAAGUAGAGGACUGGACGUUUUUGGAGUCGCUCUAUUUUGUGGUCAUCACUCUCACUACUGUUGGCUUCGGAGACUUCGUACCAGGUGGCCGUGAGGACGGCGUCUGGUUCUUCAAGCCUCUGGUGUGGUUGUGGAUCGUGUUUGGUCUCGCCUACUUUGCCUCCAUCCUUACCAUGAUUGGCAACUGGCUGAGGGUGCUGUCUAAGAGGACCCGGGCUGAGAUGGAGGAGUUGAGGGCUCACGCUACAGACUGGACUCAGAACAUCCAGAACAUGUCCAUGGACUUCCGCAUCCCAAACCCUCUGGAGUUCAACGACCCUUUCCUCCUGCAGCGCCGGCGCUGGAAACGCAGUGAACGUCGCCGAAUCCGUCGGGGAGCCCAGGGCACCCUGGGAUACUUGGCUAGAGGAGGCUCCGAGAAUGGACACCUGCCGAACCGCUGGGCCGGCCUGUCCAGCUCCAUGAGCCAGCUGGAGGCACAUUCGUCUCUUGAGAGGGCGUUGGUGACCAAGUCCAGGCCACGGGUCAGCGCCAGCGGAGGUGGAACGGUCCCGAGAGCGGGGCCUGCAGUGAGGGUUGACCCCGCUGUGGAUCUGCAGGUGGACAGCAGGUCAUUUCCUCACCUGCUGGCCCGCUCCUUCUCCCUCCCUGUGGCCCGCUCCACCUCAGAGCUGGACUCAGCAGUUGCAGCCAUGCAGGAAGGAUCCUUUUCUGGAUCUGAGUCUCCUUUUGACUCCAGAUCAGACGUGUCCUCUGUGUCCUCGUCCUUCUUGGCGCUCUGCAAGUUCCGAACCUGCCGCACAGUCAGCAGCAUGGAGGAGGGAGGAGCGAGAGCUGCAGACAAGAACGCAGCAGAAAAGAAAGACAAACUGAUUCCAGCACAGAAAUAUGGAACUGUGGCCAUCGUCAGCCACAGACGCACAACCGCUCCUGCUUUGCUCCCUCGCUUCUCCACGCUUCCUUCUUCUCCUUCUCGCCACUCAAUCGUCCUUCCCUCCCCUCCCCUCCACGCUGCCUCCUCACCCAGCUGCCAGCUGCUGGAUUUCUUCGGAGAGAACCUGGCGUACAUCGACGAGUCUUCAGACACUCUGAGCGACCGUGCACAGCCAGGAGGAGGCGAGGAGAGGAGGAGGCGGCCACGAAAGCCCAAGAGGAGGAGCAUGAGGAGGCAGCUGCCACACAGGUGGAGCCCCACGCAGGUGAGGAGGCCCAGUGGCGACAUGCGGCCGCCUUCAAAUCCCCCCACGCCCCCUCCAGACUCCUCUCUGUCAGACGUUCCUCAAUCAGAGAACCAAGCAGGUUCAGCACCGACACUCUGAUGACUCUCACAACAUGUUGCACACUCAUAGUAUAUACAAACCUCACCAUCAUGACUAUAGCUGAUGUUCCAGGAUAUUUUUUUAAGGUUUUAAAGUUAGCCUCACAAAGCUCAGUACACAUUUGUUGGGACAGGGAAUCCAUGACAGCUGCUUCUCUACAGACAUGACGAUGAUAAGACAUGAAGCUGUCGUACGCCAGACUGAGCUCUGAUUAACUUGUGGUCUUAACAGCACUUGGGCAAUUACCAGAAACAAGUUACAAGAUGUAAUGUGGAAACACCAUGGAUACAGGAUGUGUUGUAUUAUAUUUCAGAGCAUUCAAAUAACAUGUUGACAGCUGUUUCCAGUAUUUUAGGGACAAUGGAAAGUAAAAAACACAGAUAAUGUGUAUCUAAUUUUUUGCACUUUGUUGCACUUGUUGUUGUUCAAACUUGAGGGGUUUUACAUUAUUUUUUUCCAGAUUAUUUCAAUACAACAUAAUUGUAGCACAAGUGCUGUAUCAUGCAAUGGUAACCGCUGCAAAAUUGGGUGAGUUCUUUAUUGGCUCAUGUUAAAACCUACCAAGUUAAAUGAAAAUCUGGCCAGAAUAUUUUUUUUUGUAAUCCUGCUGACAAACAGACAAACAAACACAUUUCCUUUGCACAGGUAAUAAAACUAAAGAUGCCUUUCAAACGAGGGACUCAUGCUUUUGCGUUUUAAAAAUUGACCACACCUGGUGUGUAAACAGUUUGACUCAUAGUCUCUUUAAACCACCGAAACUUGUGACAGACAUCUUUACACAUAAUUAUCUACUUUGUUGAUCUGUCUAUCAGCCGCUGAGCUCAAUCGGUUCUUGGCAGACGCAUUCAGCAUUAACUCUCAGAUUUAAGUCAGCUUUGUGAGGCGGACUCUUGGCGACUGACUAAUAGCCUCAAAUCAGUGCAGGGUUUUGAAACCAAUCCGAAGUAUGACCCUUUUUCCAGAAUACAGUAUUAAAGGGGGGAAGGAGUGCAAGAGCAGAAGAAUAUUUUUUAUAAAGUUAAUGUACUUAAUCAGAAACCGGUUAAGUGAUCUAACAAACAAAAUUGAACAAGACUUGAUGCGUGAGGAUCUGGGUGGCUUACCACUCCGGCUAAAAAUGUUCCCUGGGGGAAAACCCUGCAGUGGGUGGAGAACCACAACAACAGUACAUCAUCAUCAAAGCACAGCAGGGCCAUCACUCACACCCUCAGACCAGAGUCGGUCCUCUGUGUGACUAUUAAAAAAUGUCUAAGAUUUAAACUGUCCAGCUGUUGAAGGCAGGAAGCAGGUGGUUAACUGCUGGUUCAUGAUACUGCUCUUGAAUGUUUUAAAGGGUUAAAAAGGGUAAAAGUCAGAUCCAGUUACUGUCCACUGCUUUGUUAAACCUUUUGUGCCUCUUACACCAUGAUAAGCAUCUCUGUGUACUCGCCUAAAGCUAUGAAGGCAAAACUAAAGAUACUUUGGUUUGUGGUGUUUACCAACUAUACUCUCAAGUAGGGGUGUCACAAUUCUAUUCAAUAUUUACUUGACACUUUUUUCAACUCUUAAGGCUAUACCAUUGUUAGACUAUCAAGUCUUGAUUAAGAAAGAUCAACAUGACAUUGGUUUUUAUCACCUGACAACUGUCAUUCACUGUCAUUCAUUUUCAAAUUCAGGUGUGAUAAAACAGCCAUAUUUUUGUGGAAUACGGUGAAAUCUCUGAUUUGAAUCUACUGAUUUAAUCAAUUCUGCUUUUGAUUUCAAUAAUUUUUUAUUUUUUAUUUUUCAUACAUAAUUGAAACCGUGCAGCCCCUACUAUAAAGUGUACUUAAUGGUAUGAUUUGUAACAU